UGUAUCUAAAAUCUUGUUUUCUGGAACAACCAGUGACUACCAGGAACAGUCUGGUUGACCACCAAGUACAGAUUGGUGACAGCUGGAGAGACAGUGGACAGCCCGGAAUGACGGCACUGGGGCAGUGAGUGGUAGCAUCCCAGGCUGCACCUUCUGAAAAGGAACCCACAAAAGCUACGAAUCGACCUACAGGAGAUAUACCCUUAGGGAUUCCCGAGAGGGGGGGCAGAAGAGAAUCCUACAGGACGGAUCAAAGGAUGACGAGAUAUGGCAAUGAAAACAUGACGACGACAAUGGAAUGCAAAUGUGGCAAGAUAUGCAAGAACCGACAUGGCCUGCGGAUCCACCAGGCCAAGAAGAAGUGUAUACAGAAGGAGGUAGAGUCACAGCGCACAGGAACUACACCUGGUGAGACGCAGGAGGAGCCAGGCCCGGAGACACCCCACAGUGCCCAUGAGCCUCCAGGUGAUGCAACCACCUGAUGCACACAGGACAUCAGAACAUCAUCAGGUGAAGUGGUCCCAAGCUAGCAAGGAGAAGGAGUGGCGUCAGUUUGACGAAGACGCAGAUACCAUCUUGGAGGCAACAGCCAAAGGGAGAGCUGAUCGACGCCUCAAAACGAUGACUACAAUCAUCAUCAGCCUAGCUGCAGAGAGGUUUGGACUUGAGGAGAAGCGAGCAGCGAAGCCCCCCUAUACCAUGAACAACAGAGCAAGUAAAAUCCAUCAGCUCAGGCCCUGCAGGUUCUUGAUCAAUCCACCUGCACCAGCACUGGACUUUGAUGGGAAAGAGCCCAGUUGGAAGGAGAUCCAGGAGGUGGUUAGAAGGGCAAGUGCAAACUCCACUCCAGGGCCCAGUGGAGUACCUUACAAGGUUUAUAAGAACUGUCCAAGACUACUCCACAGACUCUGGAAGAUCCUGAAGGUGGUUUGGAGGAGGGGAAGGGUAGCAGACCAGUGGAGACAGGCAGAGGGUGUUUGGAUCCCGAAGGAGGAGAAGUCUCAGAAAAUCGAUCAGUUCCGGACCAUCUCACUGCUGAGUGUUGAAGGAAAGAUCUUCUUCAGCCUCAUUUCCAGGCAACUGACAGACUACCUCCUGAAGAAUUCCUACAUAGAUACAUCAGUCCAGAAGGGAGGAACCCCAGGGGUACCUGGAUGUCUGGAGCAUACAGGCGUGGUCACUCAGCUUAUCAGGGAAGCCAGAGAGAACAAGGGGGACCUGGCUGUGCUGUGGCUGGACCUCGCAAAUGCCUAUGGAUCCAUACCCCAUAAACUGGUCGAAGAGGCACUGAACCGGCAUCACACCACGAAGAAGUUCAGAGACCUCAUCCUGGACUACUAUGCCAACUUCCAUCUGAGAGUCUCCUCUGGAACAACAACCUCAGACUGGCACAAGCUUGAGAAGGGGAUCAUCACUGGCUGUACAAUCUCAGUCAUCCUUUUUGAGAUGAGGAUCACCUGUAAGUAUCGGGAUUCCAGUGAUCCAAAGGUUGCCCAGACUGGGAUUGAGGUCAGGACAGGGCGGAAGUGGAGGGCUACCAUGGCAGUGGAUGACGCGGAGUCAAGGCUACGGCAAAAGGUGUUGGUGGGCUCAGUGGCACAGGGGAGAGCUGGCCUGGGCAGCAGAAGAACUCCUCGCUAUGACAAGGUGGAAGGGAAAGAGAGGAUGUCUCUGAUUCUGGAGGAGGUGUUUGCAGGAGUUGAGGAGAAGCGAGCUUGCCAGAUGGCUGGGAUGCGGCAACAGGGCGCCUGGAUAAGAUGGGAGCAAACAGUGGAGCGCAAAGUCACAUGGACUGAGCUUUGGAAGGCUGAACCCUACAGGAUAAAAUUCCUGACCCAGGCGGUCUAUGACGUGUUGCCAAGUCCAUCCAACCUCUUCUCCUGGGGAAAGGUGGAGACACCAGCAUGCCCCCUCUGCCAGAAGAGAGGAACGUUGGAACACAUCCUGAGCUGCUGUCCAAAAGCCCUGGGUGAAGGGCGUUACCGCUGGCGGCAUGACCAGGUCCUAAAAGCCGUAGCGGAUUCUAUCUGCAGUGGAAUUAGCCACAGCAAGAGCCUCCGCCCAGUGAAGACCACAGCUUUUGUCAGAGCUGGGGAGAAGUCAACACCAGCUGCCCGGGGCACCUCCUCUGGCCUGUUGGCAACGGCGCGUGACUGGGAGCUGUCAGUUGAUCUGGGCAAGCAGCUGAAGUUCCCUGAGGCAGUUGCCAUAACAACAUUAAAGCCAGAUGUUGUGCUUACCUCUGAGGCCUCCAAGCAGGUAAUUCUCUUGGAGCUCACAGUGCCUUGGGAGGACCGUAUGGAGGAGGCCAAUGAAAGAAAGAGGGCAAAGUAUUCCCAGCUUGUGGAGGAUUGCCGGAGCAAUGGGUGGCGGGCAAUAUGCCAACCCGUCGAAGUGGGAUGUCGAGGGUUUGUGGGCCAAUCCCUUUGCAGGGCCUACAAAAUGCUUGGCAUCACAGGGGCGAGCCAGCGAAGGGACAUCAAGAUGGCCACUGAUGCUGCAAAAGUAGCAUCAAGGUGGCUGUGGAUCAGGAGAGGAGAGGCAUGGGUGUAGGGUAGUAGUGCUACCUGGACAUAAGCUGGGACCUGA